GGUGGUAGGUGGGCUCGGGUCGGACCCAGGCAGUGGGGGUCUGCCAAAAGGAUGGGGGCCUGGGUGCAGGCACCCUCUUCCCGAAACCUCUUCCCCUAGGUCCCUCCGGACGUGAUGGCCCAGCCCUGGCUGUCCUGCCUUCUGCUUCCUGCCCUCGUGGUGUCUGUGGCAGCCAACGUGGCCCCCAAGUUCCUGCCCAACAUGACGGUAGUGAUCCUGCCUGAGGACCUCCCCCUGGAUGCCGAGGCCUUCUGGUUGGUAGCCGAAGACCAGGACAAUGACCCUCUCACGUAUGGGAUUAGCGGCUCCAAUGCCCACUUCUUCAAUGUCACCGCAAACACUGGGCAAGUGAGGCUGGCCAGCCCUCUGGACUUCGAGGUAAAGGGAAGGGACGGGGAGCCGGCCUGGGAGUGGGGGAGGGGCCCCUGGCCUGUGCUCCCGCCGGCAGGGUGUCACCUUGGGCCCCUUCUCUCCGCCCGCUGCAGACACUCAACACAUUCAGCAUCACCAUCUCCGUGACAGAUGACUACUACCUAGUGAGUCCGAACGUGGGGGGCGGAGGGUGGCCCCCGCCUCGAGCAAGCAGAGAGCACCCCAGUUGACAGACAAUGAA